GCCACAAUCACAGGCUUCGCUUCAGAUUUCAGACUUGUCAAAACUAAUCCUUUCUCUUCCACACAAUAACCCUCUCCGGAGGGCCGCCGUGAGCUCCCGCUAUGUGAUUCCGGCAUCUCUGAGCAUCACAUCGUGUGGAGCUUCUUCAGUCAUGGGAGUAUCGUUGGACGACGUCGUUGUGAUCGAGCCUGGGAAGAACUUCGAUGAGCCCUGUGUCGUUACUGUGAAUUGCCCGGACAAGGCUGGACUUGGUUGCGAUCUCUGCAGAAUCAUCCUCGAGUUUGGACUUCGCAUUACUAGAGCAGAUAUCUCAACGGAUGGAAGAUGGUGCUACAUCAUAUUUUGGGUUGUUCCCCACCCUCGUUCACAAAAUAUUAAUUGGGACAGCUUGAAGAACCGGCUCCUUUCGUCUUGCCCUUCAUGUAUUUUUUCUUUCGACUUUAAUAAGAACUCUGGUAGUCCCUCACCAGCUCCAGUAUAUCUAUUGAAAGUUUGGGUUGUUGACCAGAAAGGAGUAUUACAUGAUGUUACUGAAAUCCUCUGCAUCCUUGAACUUAGUAUUCAAAGAGUGAAAGUGAUGCCAACGCCAGAUGGAAGGGCCCUAGACCUGUUCUUUGUUACCGAUGGCAUGGAGCUAUUGCAUACAAAAAAGAGGCGAGAUGAUGUGUGUGAUUCUCUGAUGGCUGCUUUAGGAGAAUGCUGUAUCUCCUGUGAACUUCAGUUGGCAGGGCCUGAAUAUGAAGGUUUGCAGGGGUUUUCUUCUCUUCCAUCAGUAAUUGCUGAAGAGCUAUUUAGUCUCGAGCUGUCAGACAAGGGGUCUUUGCAUCCUCUGAGCCCAGAUAUGAGCACACUGAAGAAACCUACUGUUGUAGUGGAUAAUUUAUUGAGCCCAGCUCAUACAUUGCUCCAGAUAAAGUGUGCUGAUCAGAAGUGCUUGUGUUAUGAUAUUAUGAGAAUAUCUAAGGACUCUGAUAUUAAGGUUGCUUAUGGUCGAUUCUCUGCAAGUGCAAAUGGUCUUAAAAAUAUCGACUUAUUUGUCCAGCAAAAAGAUGGGAAAAAGAUCAUAGAUGCUGAAAGUCAAGCUGCUCUGUGUUCUUGCUUAAAAGAAGAGAUGCUUCACCCAUUGCGGGUGAGUAUUGUGAACCGAGGUCCAGAUACAGAACUACUUGUUGCUAAUCCCGUAGAGUUAUCAGGAAAGGGAAGGCCCCGAGUAUUCUACGAUGUUACAUUGGCAUUGAAAGCAUUGGGAAUAAUCAUCUUCUCGGCUGAAGUUGUGAGACAUUCAACACAGAAACGCCAGUGGGAAGUGUACAGGUUUUUGUUGGAUGAAAGUUGCGAGCUGCCUCUGGGUAGUAGUCAAGCCAGAAGUCAGAUUGUCGACAAAGUGAGAAGAACUUUGAUGGGAUGGUAAUUUGGUUUGCUUUAGAUGAGAAGCUUAGUUUGAAAAUUGAGUAUUUGUGCGUUUAAAUGCAUUUAUUAACUUUGCCAUAUCAUGUAGAGCAGCACCCUAUAAAUCUGGUUUGGUGUAUAGUUAUCUCAUUAGUCACAAUCAUCUCUGGCACAUCAUCCAUAAAUUAUUGCUAUAUUUCUCCUCUGGCCUCAAUGACUAUUACAGUUCAAUUUAAGCACAAGUUCUAGGGUUCUGUUGUAUUCCUAUAAUAUCAAAUUUUUAGCAAGUCGUACAAUAUUAUAAGUCA